AUGUCGUGGAGACAACGUGGAACGUAUGAACAUGGUGGCGGAUCAAGCGAGAACCAAUGUCGGUGGCGUGGUCUCAUUGUUGGCACCGCCGGGGUUUAUCCUCGUUUCUUGUUGAUUGCUUUCGAUUUACUGAAUGUUAAAGUGAGUUCGAGGAAGUGCAGGAGUGAUCGUCUCGGUGUGGUGCUGGUUUUCAGCAUAGAUUCCAAUGGGAAGUUGCAGGAAAAGCUGGCGUUUAUUCGUUCUGAGCUUAAAGAUGAACAAAAGUUUUAUGAGAUCUACAACUUUGCUUUUGGGUGGGCGAAAGAGAAGGGGCAGAAGUCUUUUGCUUUAGAUACAGCGAUUGGGAUGUGGCAGCUGCUCUUUGCUGAAAGAGAGUGGCCUUUGGUAAAUCACUGGUGUGACUUCUUGCAGGAUCGUCAUAACAAGACCAUAUCUAAGGACACAUGGGCACAGCUCCUGGAAUUUGCAAGGACGGUGAACCCGCUGCUGUCUAAUUACGAUGCAGAAGGAGCAUGGCCUUACCUCAUUGAUGAAUUCGUUGAGUAUUUGUAUGACAAGAGCGUUGUUGACAAGUAA